AUGGCCUACCUCCUUUUAUAUGUGGAUGAUAUUGUUCUCACUACAUCUAAUGAUCGUCUCUUACAUCAUUUUAUCACAGCUUUGUCUCAGAAAUUCUCUAUGACUGAUCUUGGCAGGUUACAUCAUUUCUUAGGCAUUGAGAUUACUCAUAAUUCUGGCAGCCUUUUUCUCUCACAGCGUGCCUACAUUCAGGAUAUUCUGAGUAGAGCGAAAAUGGACAAUUGCAAACCUUGCCAUAUGCCUGUUGAUACCCAUUCAAAACUCAAUGCUUUGGAUGGUGCACCUCUUUCAGACGGGACUUUAUAUCGCAGUCUUGCGGGCGCGUUGCAAUACCUUACUUUUACUCGCCCGGACAUCUCCUAUGCUGUACAAUAA